AUGGCAUUGAAUCGUGUAGGACUUGUUUGCUCAGCCAUCUUGUUGCUAAGCAUCUUCGUCGUGAGCCAUGCCGGAGUCACCAGUAACUACGUCAGAGUAGCUGAACCUUCCGAGGAGAUGCCACUCGAAACCUUUCCUCCUCCUCCCGGUUACAACGCUCCCGAACAAGUUCAUAUAACGCAAGGAGAUCACAAUGGUCGAGGUAUGAUAAUCUCGUGGGUAACCCCGAUAAAUGAUGAGGGAUCUAACGUUGUUACAUACUGGAUCGCGGAUAGCGACGCGAGUACAAAUCAGACCGCUGAGGCGACAACGACGUCCUAUAGAUACUUCGACUACACUUCCGGUUUUCUUCACCAUGCCACUAUCAAAGGGCUUGAGUACGUUACUAAGUAUUUCUACGAGCUUGGAACCGGUCGUUCCACUAGACGAUUCUCCUUCAUGACUCCUCCGAAAGUUGGUCCUGAUGUUCCCUACACAUUCGGUGUUAUUGGUGAUUUGGGACAAACGUUUGCCUCUAACCAGACAUUGUACAAUUACAUGUCAAACCCUAAAGGCCAAGCUGUUCUUUUUGCUGGAGACUUGUCGUACGCCGAUGACCACCCGAACCACGACCAAAGAAAAUGGGAUUCUUACGCUCGCUUUGUUGAAGCAAGCGCCGCGUAUCAGCCUUGGAUAUAUGCUGCAGGGAACCACGAAAUAGAUUACGCCCCAUCAAUAGGUGAGACUGAGGCCUUCAAGCCAUACAAAAACCGCUACCACGUUCCGUACAGAGCCUCGAAGAGCACAUCUCCACUUUGGUACUCAAUUAAACGAGCCUCUACUUACAUCAUCGUGCUCUCCUCUUACUCUGCUUUUGACAAGUACACACCGCAAAACUCUUGGCUCGAGAGUGAGCUCAAGAAAGUCAAUAGAGAAGAGACACCAUGGCUGAUUGUUAUGGUUCAUUCGCCCUGGUACAACAGCAACAACUAUCACUAUAUGGAAGGUGAAAGCAUGAGAGUCACGUUCGAGCCAUGGUUCGUCCAAAAUAAAGUUGAUAUUGUCUUUGCUGGUCAUGUUCAUGCCUACGAGCGAUCAGAGCGUGUCUCCAACAUUAACUACAAUAUCACUGAUGGUUUGAGUAGUCCCGUCAAAGACCCAUCUGCUCCAAUUUACAUCACCAUUGGAGAUGGAGGCAAUAUCGAAGGAAUCGCUAACGAUUACACGUAUCCACAACCGAGUUACUCAGCGUAUAGAGAGGCGAGUUUUGGACACGCUAUGUUAGAGAUAAAGAAUCGAACCCAUGCACUUUACACUUGGCAUAGGAACCACGAUAACGAGCCUGUUAUCGCUGAUUCUUUAUGGGUGAAGAACCGAUAUUUCCUUCCGGAGGAAGAGACAUCUUUGGUGUGA